GCUUAUUUUGAAUCAUGUCUGGUCGCGGCAAAGGUGGAAAGGGUCUUGGGAAAGGAGGCGCUAAGCGUCAUCGCAAAGUUCUGCGUGACAAUAUCCAGGGUAUUACAAAGCCUGCGAUUCGUCGUUUGGCUCGCCGUGGAGGAGUCAAGCGUAUAUCUGGUCUGAUCUACGAAGAGACUCGUGGAGUCCUGAAGGUGUUUUUGGAGAACGUUAUCCGCGAUGCCGUUACCUACACCGAACACGCCAAGCGAAAGACCGUCACCGCUAUGGAUGUAGUUUAUGCUCUGAAGCGUCAGGGUCGCACUCUGUACGGCUUCGGUGGGUAAAUGUUGACACUUCGUAAAUCCCUUUUGAAACUACCCAAAGGCUCUUUUAAGAGCCACCCACACAGACGAUAAAGUCGUAGAAUUUCCUUCUUUGUUUCUAUAUCGUCAAUUUUUUUAUUUUUUUAUUAAAGCGCACAUUUUGAGUAUCCGUGAACGGUGAAAUGCUUUUUUACUGCAGGCCGCAAUGAAACAUUUAGACAUGCGCUGGACAUUUUGUCUUUCUACCGUAUUGCUGAACUCUUGUAUUCACCGAUGUAUUGGGAAUGCACGAGGCGGUGAGAACUUCAGCAGAUGUAUAAAGUGCGGGCACAUUUUAAUUUAGGUUGGAAAUCUCCUUUUGGUGGCAUCCAGAAUCCCGAUGUGUUCUAGGGGCUUGUCAGUUGCAUCUCGCAUACUGUAAUUCGGAGACAUUUCUCUAGAUUAGUGGGUGUUCACGAGUAUUGUCUGUUGACCACGAAAUGGAAAAUGUGAUGAAUUAAUAUAUAUUUGUGUGUAUUUUAACAGCUUGUUAACUCACUGAUUUAUAAACAAAUGUCGCCCACACUGCAGUACUUAUCACCUGUGAAUUGUUGAAUAAAAAAUCCCGAUAUUCUGCAAAAAAAUAAUAUUUGUAUAUUUAUUAA